AUGACUCUGCCAUCCGUCGUUAGUGAUCACGAUGAUUCUGAUUUCGUUCUCCCACCCCAGACAGAUAAAGGCAAGACCGAGACAAGCAUGUCCUUCACUUCCCUCAUGUCUGCUCUUCCCACGGACUGUAUCAUACGGAACUUUUCACGCUUCAAGGGCCUACGGCUUGAAGCUAAGCAGUUACUAAAGUCUCUACAAGAGAAGGGAGAUGGAAACCAGUUCAUCGUUGUCCUCAAUCUAUCGGCCCUAACAAUCAAAAAGCUCGACGAAGAGCAUCAGACUAGUCUGGGGGGCAUUGAGUAUCGUUUCCAAUGGGAGGGGACGACAGGGCUGAUUAAAGUGGUUCCGUCAGAACGCCAUGAUGCAGUGACAAACCAACUCGGUCGAGCAAUCGACAUGAAGCUUACUGCAAUGGGACUAAGGUGGUCAGAGAUGAUCUGGACUGGAACAGCUACAUACAAGCCUACUGUCGGUGUAGGUAAACAGGGAGAUCACGCAUUCCUACCACCAAUUCGCUGCCCCAAUGGGCUUCCAAGUGGGUCAUGGCCGACCUUUGUCAUCGAGACAGGAGUUUCUGAAUCUCUCCCUCGGCUCCGCGAAGACGCUAAGAGAUGGUUCAUAAUUUCCCAGGGUCUGGUGCGCAUUGUCAUUCUUAUCUCGAUUAAGGCGACUGAAGUCACGUUUGAAAAAUGGCAGCUAGCCCCCCCCGGUGCCCCAUCCCCACUCACUCGAGCAUAUCUUGAUUCACUCCGCGCGCAGCUCGUCAAUAUCCCUCCACUUACCAACCAACCGACUCCCACCCAGCAGGCAUACUCAGCGCAGGAGGUCUACGUCCGGCGCAACAAUGUUGUCGGGGCCCCCUUAUGUCUUCCAUUUGUCGCUGUUUACGACCGACUUCCAGGACCAGGAGAACAUGAUCUCCUUCUCAACGUCAAUGAUUUCCUCGAAAUCACUAGAAUCUUAUUCUGA